ACAGUCAGCAAUCGCGACUUGAGCGCUGCGGUAACUCAACCAACAAGGCUGAAAUGUCGCAGCUUUUGCGUACGUUGUGUAUCCAAUCGGUGCUGCUGGUGCUGUUCCUGUGUCUGCUGCAGGCCAUGGAGCUGCAGCUGCAUGAGCAGCAACUGCAGCAGCAGCAGGACGAACAGGCGCGCCUCAGGGAAUAUCAACUGCGGCAGCAGCAGCAGCGCGAACAGCAGGCCCAGCAGCGACGACACUCCUCGACGACCACCAGUCGCAAGCCCUUCAUCAUUCCCAACGGCCUGUCGCUGCCACGACGGGGAGAGCAUCCGGACAAGUGCUAUCGGGAAGUUCCUGCUGUGUUCUUCCAGUACGACAAGGAGGUGAAGAUCGUGGGCAACAGCACCACCAAUCGUCACUUCAAUGUGAUCGAAGUGUGCUGCAAGGGCUGGCGGCGUUACGAGUACGAUUGGAGCAGGUGCGUCCCCGACUGCGACGAUCGAUGCCAGGAGAAUGGCUUCUGCCUGGCCGGCGGCAUCUGCCAGUGCUUUGACGACUUUGUGCUCAACUACCGCAACAAUUGUGUGCCAACUUGCCCUCUAGGCUGUCCGCAUGGCCGCUGCUUUCUGAAUGGCACCUGCCAGUGCGACAAGGGCUACGAGCUGGAUGGCUCGCGACUCUUCUGUCAGCCGCAGUGCAAUCAGACAUGUGGCCACAACGAGGUGUGCAUGGAGCCCGGCAAGUGCACCUGUGCCGAGGGUUUCGUUAAGGGUUUGCGCGAGUCGGCGGCCUUGGGCUGUCAACCCAUUUGCAUUCCCGACUGUGGAUACGGCUACUGUGUGGCGCCAAACCAAUGCGAGUGCUUCCCGGGCUACCAUAAGCGCAUCAAUGGCACCUCCUGCGAGAACGGCUUCUACAAACGCUGCGAGAAUGGCUUCCGUGCCAACGAGACGACUUGUGUCUGCCAGAAUGGCUUCCGGUAUGACAAUAAUACGGCCAGCUGCCUGCCGGACUGUGGGGACAAUUGUGAGAAUGGAGUUUGCAUAUCCCCAGGGAACUGUCGCUGCUUCAACGGCUAUGUGCGGAACCGGGAGAAGUGUGAGGCUGUGUGCGAUCGUGGCUGUGGCUUUUAUGGCAAGUGCAUUGCGCCGAAUGUGUGUGGCUGUGCCAUAGUGCCGGGACCCGAGUCCAGCUAUCAGAAGUGUGCAAUGGGAAUGUGCAGCUCCCUGGGACGCUGUCGCUGUCUGGAGGGGAAGAUGCGAUUCAUUGACAAGUGCAUGUCGCCGGACACGGUCACCACAUACGCCUCGGUGGAUCCAACGCGAGCGAAUAGCUCCCUCAUCCUCGAGUUUGAGCUCCUGCUGGGCAGGCACUUUAUCUUGGGUGGUGCCGAGAGGUUCCACAACUCAAUGUGGUGGCUAAACGAAAUGCACUUGAAAUCCCCACUGAUUGGCCUUCUUAUCGUCUGCCUAGCGAUUGAGCUGCCCUCGCCCACCGACGCUCAGUUCUGGCUGAAGCUGCCCGAACAGAACUGGGAGCGUGAGAUGCUGGCCACGCGAGACUCCGGCGUCUGCUACAAAGAGGAGAUAGUGGAAACCAUCAACCCGAAUGCGAGACUCCGCCAGAUCUCCUACUGCUGCGAGGGCUACGUGAACCAUGGCAGCCCACGGAACCUCAGAUGCCAGCCCAUCUGUACGGAGGACUGUGCGAACGGCUUGUGCCUCUCGCCAGGCUACUGCGAGUGUGCUCCGGGCUACUAUCGUGAGGAGCGGCGGUGUAAGCGGAUGUCCGAGAGAACAAAAAGUGACAUCAGCAUGAGGUCAUCGUGUCAGAUAUUCGCCCUGACGCUCCUGCUGGCCAGCUGCUCCCUUGGCCAGGCACAGUUCAAGACGGCGGGCAUUAAAACACGCCAGCCCCCAUCGGGUAAUCUUCAGCUGUCGGGCAAUGCCAGUGAGUACAACCAGACAGGGUACGGGUGGAACAGUUCCAGCCAGAGCAACUACGGCUGGAGUGCCCAGAACCAGACCAGCCAUGGAUGGAGCGACUUUGUCCCUGCCGAGACCUACCAGCCCGCAACCACCCCACCCCUGUACGGACACUACGUGCAGCCGGUUGGACCGCCAGCGACACGAGCCCCACAAGUUCUGGACGAGACGGCGCUGUUCAUCAACAAAACGCGAUCGGCCAUGGCCAGCGGUGUGUGCUACAAGGAAGUGCCCACAGCCUCUCUCCUGCGCAAUUCGCGUGAAAGAUUUGUUGGCAAUGGCACCAGCCCGGACAUGAGCAGCAUUGAGGUGUGCUGCGAGGGCUACGAGCGCAAUCCGCACAUCUAUCGAAAAUGCGAUCCGAUCUGCGCGGACGAUUGCCCAAAUGGAAUCUGCACGGCGCCCAACACCUGCGUCUGCAUGCCCAACCAUGUGCGUACGACCGAGGGGAAGUGCAUCUCCACCUGCCCACUGGGCUGUGGCAACGGAGUGUGCAACGAGCGGAAUGAGUGCCAGUGCAGGGAGGGCUACGCCCUGGAUCCCGUCAGCCGCAAGUACUGCCAGCCGGAGUGCAAGCAGGGCUGUGCCCAGGGACGCUGUGUGGCACCGAACAAGUGCGAAUGCCUGCAGGGCUAUCGUCAAUCGGUUGAUGGAAGCUGUGAGCCCGUCUGCGACAGUUGCGAGAACGGACAGUGCACGGCGCCAGGUCAUUGCAGUUGCAAGUCGGGCUACCUCAAGCUGCAGGGACGCUGUGAGCCCAUCUGCGAGCAACCCUGCAAGAACGGCCGUUGCAUUGGACCGGACACCUGCGAGUGUGCUUAUGGCUUCGAGUGGGAUCGUAGGACUGCCGAGUGUCUGCCCAAGUGCGAUGUGCCCUGCCUCAAUGGAGUCUGCGUGGGCAACAACCAAUGCGAGUGCAAGCCGGGAUACGUGCGGGACGAGCACCAGCGGUACAUGUGCCAGCCCCACUGCCCCCAGGGCUGUCCCAAUGGCUUCUGCUCUGCACCCAAUUUCUGCAUUUGCCGGCCAGGAUUCAUCAAGAGCGGCAUCAAAGGCAGGCAGACUUGUGCGGCUGUCUAGUAAGGCGAAUCGAAUCUUUAUUGUGUGAGUUAGCUGAGAUUAAAGUAUCGUCCGAUCAGGGCGCUAAACUCAUAGCCAAGUUGCUGGUUAAA